AAUCAGAGAGGCUUUGUAGCGUUUGAGUGUCCGAAUAUUAUUUACUACAAACUAAAAAUAAGUAAUAAAAAGUGUUACUGACGGGAUUCUAACCUGUAGUAUUCGAGUUUACACCUCCCUACAAAGAGGCAGACGUGGGUGUGUGAGGGAGUGUGCGUGUGCAUAUGUGUGUAUUGGUGUGUGUGUGCAAAUAAUGGACCCACAAAGACAGAGAUCUCUCUCCACAUCAGGAGAAACACUGUACCAGGUUUUGGGGGUUACAAAAAACUCCACGCCAGAGGACAUCAAAAAGUGCUACAGAAAACUAGCAUUGAAGUUCCACCCGGAUAAAAACCCUGAUAACCCUGAAGCAGCAGAGAAGUUUAAGGAGAUCAACAAUGCACACACCAUCCUCACCGAUGCCACAAAACGUAACAUCUACGACCAGUACGGCUCCCUCGGCCUCUACGUAGCUGAGCAGUUCGGAGAGGAGAACGUCAACACGUACUUUGUUCUGUCUAGCUGGUGGGCUAAGGCGCUGUUCAUCUUCUGCGGCAUUGCUACAGGCUGCUACUGCUGCUGCUGUCUGUGCUGCUGCUGUAACUGCUGCUGCGGGAAGUGUAAACCUCGACCCCCUAUGGACCAUGACCCUGAAUUUUACGUAUCCCCUGAGGAUCUGGAGGCUCAGAUGCAGGCUGAUGAAAAAGUCGGUGAGCCGAUCAUAGUGCAGCCCUUUUCAGCUACAGAAACCACUCAGCUAAACGCAGACGGUCGCCACACCAGCUACAGGACCGACACAGGCUCCGAUUAGCGUUCUGUCCGACGCUCCAUCUCUUUCUCUUCUCUGGGACCACCUGACCAGCAGAAUGAGCAGCUCCUAUUCUGCCCAAAGACUGCUGAGUACGUGAAGAGGAGAGAGCGAGGGCUGAACGAGUGGACAGGACUCUGUAUGUCUUUGUCUCUGAAAUGUGAAAGUUCAGAAAGGUCAGACUCGGAAGCAAAGUUUUAAAUAGGUUUUUUUUUGCCUUUUUAACUCGUUUAGUUUUAAAGUUAGUGUAGAUGUGAUCUCUUUACACCACUUUUAUCACACACAGUUGCCCACACAGCCCUAGUUCUGUAUUUGUGUUAAUAGAGUUUAUUUAUUUAUGAUGAAUAGUCUCCAAAUCGUUAAAUUUGAACAUCUAUGCAUGUGACUGCAAGACUGAUUAGUGCAAUUAUGUUGCUUAAUAAUUAAAUCCUGAUUAUUAGAAUUAUUCCAACCGUUUUGGGACGAAUGUUUUAUUGGCAUUUAUUAUUUUGACAUCUAUAAAUUGUUCUGUCACAUGACUGAAAUUGUUCAGUCAUUAUGAAUCGCUCAGAACCGUCUAUAGAGAGGGCAAAAAAGCUACAGUGGCUUGUGAGAAGUGCCGAUAUGCAAGAAAAAGUCAUGAUACAUCAAACAGAAAACAGUAGAAGCGCAGAUACAGUGUACCAGUGAGUCACCCCCAUUGGAGCACUGGUGGAAAUGCAUUUCAGUAAUAUACGUACAGUGGUAGCCUAGUGGGUUGUACUUUGGGCUAUCAAUCGGAAGAUUGACCAUUCAAAUCCGGGCUCUGCUAUGCAGCCACUGUUGGGCCCUUGAGCAAGGCCCUUAACACUGUCUGCUCCAGGGACGCCGUACAAUGGCUGAUCUUGCGCUCUGACCCCAGCUACCAAACAAGCCGAGAUAUGCGGAAAAGCAAUUUCAUUGUACUGUACACGUGUAUAUGUAUAUAUGACAAAAGACAUUCUACUUGAUACAUGAUCAUGACUCCAUUACUAUGGUCUUCAUGCUUCAGAACUCUAAUUUCACACUCCAUGUGCUUUCUGACAUCUUUCUGACGAAUCUCUUUUAUAAAUACCACGGAAAAGUUUAUAUAUAUAUAAAUUUUUCCCACAUUUUUCCCCCCAAUUUUCUUCCCUAAUCUAGUCGUGUCCAAUUACCCUGCUUGCGUCCGCUAUACUGAUUCGACCCUUCACCGCUGACUGAGGACGCCUCUCAACAGACAUACACAUACACAGUCAGUACAGACUUCAUUUUUCACCUGCACGAGUCGAGUUCAUACACCGACGGGCACUGUGUACGGAGGACCACACCCCCGUCAGCAUUAUUCCUCAGCCCUGUGCAGGCGCCAUCAGUCAGCCAGCAGGGGCCGCAGUUGCACCAGUUAUGAGGACCUAUGAUCCGACUUUUUUACCCCUAACCCUGAACAACAGCCAAUGGUUGUUCAUGCUGCCGCCCAGCCCAGUCGGAAGGCAGAGCUGAGAUUCGAUAGGAAAAUUUAUUUUUAACAUAUUUAAGAUGUCCUUUACACUAAAUUACAUUUCCAACAAUGUGGAAGUGUUGAUUUUACUUGCGUAAGUAAUGAAAGGUUAAUUUAAUGUUUCCCUUUGCUUGAAUGUCUGUGUUCUCAUGUUCUGUCUUAUACACAAAUGAAUAAAAACCUGCUGUCUGUAGUCUGAACCUACCUGAGCAGGUUCAAAUGUGUAUGUUUAGAUUUUAGUCAUGUGUACUUUUACUUGUGCUCUAGUUUUUCUUAUUUCUGCCUAUGAAGGGAAUGAACGUAUGUUAGUUUUUCUACUAACAUGUUAUUUUAGUUACUGUGGUCUCUAAAACCCAAGCCAACCAAUAUCGACUCCUAGAGCACCCAUAGCGUAGAUAUAAUGACCCACUGGUCAGAUCCCACUCUUUUUUUCUUAUUAUUAUAUAUUGUAGAUAUAGAUAGUUUUUAUGAUUAGUUUUGGUUUAUGUACUAGAUAAAAGACCAAGGUCUUUGUCACAGCAAUCAGUAAAUAACCUCAAAAUUCUUUCAGAUAUACUAAAGAUCAUAGGGACAGCAGUGAUAAGGUGACAUAAUUACUUAAAUUAUUUUCCUAUGUUUUUAAUACAUUUUAGUUAAAGUAAUGUGGAUGUGGUCAUUCAGCUGAACAGCUGAAUCGUUUGCACUGUGUAGUUUGUCAAGUCGCAGUUUUUCUGUUGUAGCAUGAAGGUCUGUAGGCAAGACAAACGACAGUUAUUUUACUGUUGUAUAAUAAAUGUUUCAAAAGCAA